CAGUUUCAUUUCAGAAUCCCCGUCCACCACUCGAAUACCCCACGUCCAACGCCACUCGAAUUCCCCACCGCCGCCGCCGCCGUCGCGGCGUCAUGCUCCUCCUCCGGCAGCGCGUCCUCUCCCAUCUCCUCUCCGGCGCGCCCUCUCCUUCCACCUCCCCCCUCCUCUCCCUCCACCGCCUGCUCUCCACCGCCGCCACCGCCGCGCCCGCCGUUUCCCCGAACCCUAGCUUCGCCGUGGAGGAGUACCUCGUCUCCACCUGCGGCCUCACCCGUGCCCAGGCACUCAAGGCCUCCGCCAAGCUCCCCCACCUCAAGUCCCCCGCCAACCCCGACGCCGUCCUCUCCUUCCUCGCCGGCCUCGGCCUCUCCGGCGCUGAUGUCGCGGCCGUCGUCGCCAAGGACCCGCGGUUCCUCUGCGCCGGCGUGGAGAGAACCCUGGCCCCCGUCGUCGCUGGGCUCACCGGGCUCGGCCUGUCACACCGUAAGAUCGCGCGCCUCGUCUCGCUCGCCCCCGGCAACUUCCGCCACACAUCCGUCGUCUCCAAGCUAGAGUACUACCUGCCGCUCUUCGGCUCCAUUGACAACUUGCUCCGGCCCCUCAAACACUGCUCUGGCUUCCUCGGCUCCCACCUCGAGAGGGUGGUCAAGCCCAAUGUCAAGCUCCUAGCAGAGUGCGGGCUAGGUGCUAGCGAUGUUGCUAAGCUGUUCAUCCGUGAGCCAAGGAUGAUUAGCGCCAAACCAGGGCGUGUCCUGGCGAUGGUUGCGUGCACCGAACGUCUAGGUGUGCCCCGUGACUCUGGAAUGUUCAGGCAAGCGCUGCACACUGUCUCAUGCUUCAGCGAGGACAAGAUCGCUGCCAAAGUGGACUACUUGAAGAGGACACUUAGGUGGUCAGAUACCGAGGUUGGCAUUGCUGUGUCCAAGGCUCCGGUUUUGCUGACAAGAUCAAAUGGCGUGCUGCAGCGUAUGUCAGACUUCCUGAUCUCUGAGGUGGGGUUGGAGCCGGCCUACAUUGCUCAUCGUCCCGCUAUGCUCACUUGCAGCCUGGAGGGACGGCUCAGGCCCCGCUACUAUGUUAUGAGGUUUCUUAAGGAAAGUGGAUUGCUAAAUCAUGACAGAGACUACUAUAGUAUGGUGGUGGUCCGCGAGAAGGUAUUUGUCGAGAAGUUCAUAUGCCCUCACAAUCAAGCUGCACCUCACCUUGCUGAAGACUAUGCAGCUGCUUGCACAGGGCAGGUGCCUGCUACAUUCACAUUUACAUGAACCAAGAAGCAGGAAAAUGGAUUGCUAGAGCGCGAGUGGAACUACUAUUCAGCAGUCUUGGUUACUGGGAAAAAUUUCAUGGAAAAGUUGGUAUGCCCAUACAAGGAAGCUGCCCCCACCUUGCCAAAACCUAUGCUGCCAGUUGUAAGGGAAGUGCCUUCUAGUUUCAGAUUUACAAGACCAAUAAUGGGCUAUGUGAAUUUGUAACUACGUAUGUCUACGUGCAGUGAGCUGGUAAUUUUCGUCUCAGUGUUCUAUGCCUAACUAGAUGUUGUUGUUUGUCUGCUAUAGUAUGUCUGGUACAUGUUAAUUAAGUGUCGCCAAUCCUGGAUGAAACUGAUAAUUUCAUUUUAGAGUGCUUGUAUGUCCAUUACAUGAUUUGGUAGAGAAGAACUAAGAGAGUGUGACAUCAGGGCAUUCACCUGUUCAUUGUGAUGUCAUAUUGUCAGGGCAUUCUGCAAAUGCUUUCAAAUAUAUUAAUGAAGAGUAUAUCUGCAUGCCUUAUAUGUUUAUGUUCUCAAUUGCCAUUUCAGCUUUCAAUGCAAUCCUGAGUCAAUCUAUCUUUCCAUGAAAAAAGGUUCUCUUUUUUGCCAUGAAGAUGAUAUGAAGCCCCAAAAUUCGUUAAACAUCUUUUUUGGUGGAAACAAAUCUGGAAUUAACGUGUUAGUCACUGUUGAGGUUGCAGUUUUGAUCUAGUCUGUUUAUUUGCUUCCUCUAAGCUGAAACUCUUCAUUCUUCCUGCAGUAGCUUUGUUUGUAAGAUAUUAACUGUUGUGAAAGCAGGUCAUUGUUUACUAGUAGUUUGUAUCAGUUUUUUCGUUUAUUUUUCUCUUAUAUUCUUGGAUGGCUACUCGCUGAUGCUUUUCCUCGGAGCGUCUUUUGUCAAAACUGAAUACUUCAGUAGUUGGCUAGUAGCAUUUUGUUGGCAGCCCACCCAUCUAGCACUACUUAACAGAUAUUUCAAAGACCCUUGUAUUUGUAGCGGAUACACAAAAUGAUGCUUGUAUGGUAUGGUUCCGAAAAACAGAGUGCAUUUCAUACACUAUGAAGGAACUUAUGUUAAGGUAAUCUUAAAAAGGGUCAUGACAUUACCAUGUUAUUCUCUGCCAUACUUGUUAACUAUUUUUAUUCCAUAUUAGCACUAUUUAUAUAGAUGCUAGGAGAUCUUUAUGCCUUGGCAUAUUUUUGUAGGGAUCUUAUGUACCAUCCUCUGUUUUAUAUUUUUGCAUUUUUAGAUGCUCUUCUAUAUUUGCUUCAGUUGUGUUGGUUACAAUCUCUUCUGAAGACAUGUAGGCAGGAAUUGGAGAAAAGAGAAUGAAGAUGUCGAAGAUUGUUACCUUAGCAAAGAGAUGGUACCAGAGAUGAUAUCUUAACCAAGCUUGGUCUUAACAUUUAAGAGAAUGCAGUAUUUUUUUCUCAGUUACAGUGAAUGUCAUCUUUUCGUACACUUUUUUCAGUUAAAUCUCAGUCUAGGCAUGCAAGUACUAGCUGUCAGAUUGUCAGCGUAGUUAAAGAAUCUUGGAGAAUUGCAAACACAGAAAUUGUAGACAUGCUUGUCUACCUCAAAUUAAGAAUCAAGAUGUGUGAGGAGAGGAUGGUGAACAUAUGUUAGGCUGUAGAAAUUGGAAUAAAUGAGAUCUCAGCUGUGUGCUUGCAGUAACACAAAGGAGAUGGGCACAUGCUAUUAUUGGCGCAGAGCUCUGAUUUGAAAUGAAGAUCAGUUGUGUGUCUCUUCUCUAGUGCCUAGUUUAGCCUGUGGGAAUUAUACAAAUAAUAUUAAUGCAAUUAAGGCGAGGGGAAGGGGUCUAUUAAGGAACGAGGUGACUUGCCAAGUGAGUAUGAUUCUUUUUAAAGUAGUUUCCUUGAGUAAGAAUUGGCUGGGCAAGCAUGACUGAUUUACUGAAUGUUGUAGAUUGAUGUGGCUUUCUUACUUUCUUGAGAAGAAGUGAUGAAACUAGAUAUAGAUGCUUAGUUCUUUCUUCUUCUUUCAGGAGAUCAGCCAAGCAUGGUGGCUGGGGAUUUGCUAUACUACACAUGAUUCUGAAGGCUCUGUUAGUUGAUGAUGCCUGAGACUUCCUUCAGUUACAAGUAUUUAUUCAAGUGUUGAUGAUGCCUUUCUCCUUCUGAAUUUUACAAGUUGUGCAAUCCUUCUGAACCUGAUACUUGCAUGAUAAUUUACUUUCACACUAGAACAUUUUCUUUUUCGCUUACUCUGGGAUAGGAACUUGUGCUCUAAACUUUCUUUUGUACACAGGGAAACUUCUAGUGUUAUCAAAUGGUCUUUGCUUUUACUCCACCUCUAUGAGCACUGUUGCCGAAGAAUGGGUUAUUGAAAAUAUUUGGGCAAAGAAGCUGCUGUUCAGUCGAUGGUUGAAUUUAGCACCAGCUAGUGCUGCAAUUGCUUAUUAUUUUAAUAGAAAGCCACAAAUGAUCGAGGCGCUAUGCAGUAUGUGAAUUAUGUGUUUUCAUCUUCAUCUAUACAGUUUUAUUGAGUCAACCAUGCAUGCCAUCACUUUUUUCUGGAGUUGAUAAUCGAAUGUAAACAAACAUAUUUCUCUGUUUUCCAUCCAUAUAUUUGCCAUGUAAGCAAUUAGAUGUGGAAUUUAAAGCCGCUAGCUAAUUGAUGGUGAUUUACUCAGACUAAUAUAUAGUUUGUCCUUUCUUUUGGUCUUACCAGAGCUUUCCUUUAACGGAAACAGUCAUAAUAGAGCUUUUUAUGUGUAAGGAAUUUGGUGUAUGGACGCAAGCAGAGGGCAGUUAUGAAUAAAGUUCAGCAAGCUAACUGGCUCCUGUGGGCAUUGACAUGCACUUGCACUUCCUCAUGACAAGUUGACACCUCCUUUGACUAGUACAAGUGUGGAGUGGUAAUUGAUAUUUAGGGUGGGAACAAGUUAAAUAUGCACUCUUCCUAAGACUUGAGGAUGAUGCAGCAAUGUAUCAUUCAUAGUAUUGAUUCUGAGGAUGCUCUGAGAUCUGGCAAUACAAACGCAAGGGGCCGAAGGCACUGCUGCGGUCAGGCUGGAUUAUACCGCUGCAGACGCAAGCUUACAUGAUCGCUGGAGGAGAGAAAUGGUUUCAGCCGUGGCACGCGAGAUUACUCGACUCUCUAUUAAGAUGGCGGGGGAAGAUCAGUGUCGCCGUCCAAUCAAGCGUCGCUAGCUGGGGAAGUUGGCAGCAGUCUGGGAGCUGAGGAAGAUGAGAUGAUCGUGUAAUGGCUGGGCUUUUUCGAACCCUAUCUGAAGAUGGUUAGAAACUAUGUGUAAAACCUGCUCUGUUUCUGUUGGAGGAACAGUUAAGACCAUGCUGAUUCA